AUGACAGAUGUAUGUGCUGCCAAACGGCCUGCGUCUGUGCCCAAGAGCAAAACUGCUCCAAAAAAUAAAACUAUCAAUGCUCCUGGUUCGUCCACUGUAAGAGUUGCACAAGCUUGUGAUCGAUGUAGAGCAAAAAAGACGAAAUGUGAUGGGAAAUUACCAACAUGUUCAAGCUGUGCAGCCGUUGGGUUCCAAUGUAUUGUGUCAGACAAAUUAUCGCGCAGAGCUUUCCCAAAAGGUUACACUGAAACGUUAGAAGAAAGGAUACGACAAUUGGAGGCUGAGAAUAAGAAACUUACCGGACUUCUUGAUCUUAGAGAUGAACAAGUUUCCAUGUUAAAUUCCGGUAUUCGAGACGCAGCUGCAGAAGAGCAUAGCUCAGCGCAAAAUAAUCAUCCUUCCUUGGCCGCAAAUACAACCUCAAAUUUGAAUUCAAGCUCAAUUUUAACGGAUGCUAAUAGAUCAACAACUUCAGAUCCAACUUUAAAUGUUCAACAUCCAAAUAUGCUUACUUCGUCCAACCUAUCACUCUUGGUUAGCCAACAGAGAGAUAGUCUUCAUUCUCACAUGCAUGACCAUCAUGAUGGUGUACCUUGUAGUUGUUCAGAUUUCCCAAGUCAUGUUCAUGAACGUCCCGUCUCUAUCGCUGGUUCAUUCUAUGAAAAUACCAACAAUCCAGCAUCUAUUGCUGGCUCGAUUCAGUUAAGUGAUGCAGAAGAUAAUGACUCCCUUUUAAGUUAUGAUGAUAUGAAACUGAUUGAACAUUCAAGUGCCAAUUUUGGUAAAUUGUAUGAAAAUAGAGGCGUCAGCCCUGCGCCUGGUGCGUUUGCAGCGGCAACUGCCAUUGCUCAAAUGCAACGUAAUAGAGAUAAACCUCAACCUACGGUGGAAUUCAAUGACGCCAGCAAACAACAGAUGUUGACAUCACUUGUGGCAGUAUCUAUCCCCAGAAGUACCGAGGAAACCUUGUUUAUUCCAACCUUACUUGCCAAAAUUUGUCAAGUAUAUGGUUAUAAUUCCAAACCAGCAAUUCUCACAGCAAAUGCCAUUGCAUCUAUCAAGGAAAGUUCCCAUGAUGCAACACGUAAAUCUGCAGAUUUCCAAUCUGAUUUCAAUAAGAAUUUACUUUCUCUCAUAACUAAUCGAUACGAUGUGACUCAAUUACCAGAUGCAGAAGCAAUCUAUUUUGUGCAAGAACUUUUACACUUGCCUACAUCAAGAAUAGAUUUAGAUCAUUUGAUUACCGUUUACUUCCAAGAUUGGGGGAAUGUUUUCCCCAUUUUGGAUAAGAAUUUGUUUUUGAAAAAUUAUGUCAAAUUUACUAACAUAUUGGAAAUGGGUAUUCUGUAUAUGGUUAAAGAUGAAACUUCUUCUUAUGAGCUGCUUGAGAAAUUUGGUGCCACUUUAGUGUUGGUGACAAGUUUGAGUAUUUUAUCCAAUAAACUGGGGAACACCUCACAAUACUCCACCAAUAUGGAACAUUUCGAUUACCUUAUCCAAGAGUUUAUAAAACCUAACUGUAUUAUAACUCAAUCCUGCUCUAUACAAUCAUUGCAAAUCUUAACUUUGGCAUUACAGUAUUGUCUUGUAAUUGGGGAUAUAACCAAAUGUUAUGAAUUGAGAGGAAGAGUAAUAUCAAUGGCGCAACAAUUAAGAUUACAUAGAUGUCCCGCUGCAGUUUUAGGUAUAAGUGGAGGAAAUGACCCAAAUAAUGUCCAUUUACAAAACUUUAGACAAGGUGAAAGACGUAUUUUGUUUUGGUGUAUUUAUAGUUUGGAUGUUUAUUCAUCACUUAACUUGGGGGUGCCAAGAUUACUUAAAGAUUUUGAAGUGGAAUGUGCCAUUCCAUUCGCUGGAAAUGUGGAUGAUACAGCUGAUGAUAAUGUAAAUAUCUUGAUUGUUAACAAUACAAAAUUAUCCAUUGUGGGGAAAGUUUCUAAGCUUUCACUUAGUGUGAUGUUGUAUUGUAAAGUAUUGGCGAAUAUAUUGGAUUCAAUUUUUUCUAGAUAUGAGAGUGGUGAUCAGCAUUCCAAGACUCUUAGUAGAGAGAGAAUGUUAGAUUGUUGGAGGCGGGAACUCCCAAAGGAAUUGAAAUUUGAAAUGGAUGUCAAUGGGCUUGCCUUAACGAACAAUAAAGACCCCACUGCUGCUAUCGAUAGUAAUAUUUGGAAAAAUUACAGUAGGCAACAAUUGACCUUAAUAUUUCUUUAUUAUCAUGCUAAAAUCUUAAUUUACUUACCGGUGAUAUCCAAAUUUGGUAAUAAUCACAAUGUUGGACUACUGCAAAAGGAACAGUUAUUGAAACCAAAGGGUGAUUUCAGUACAAAUGUUGUGUCAAGUACAAGCUUAAUCCAACAAUCCUCCAUUCAAAUGCUUGAAAUUUUGAAAACCAUGGCAAGUUUUGCACAAUCUCCAUAUUUACUCCCACUUCCUAUGAAUUUGGCUAGAGAACAGGCAAGAUUAUCAUUGUUGGUGGCUAGAGGAAGUCUUGAUUAUGUGAAAAAUGGACCUUUAUACCAAAAUCUGAGGUCUUUAUUGCUCGAAACCGUAACUGCAUUGAACACUGAUAGUGAAUAUAAUGGACCCGGUGGUCUAACUAAAACUUCAGUAAAACUUUUAGAACUCGCUAUAUUGAGUAUUCUUGGAUUAAAUUUGAAUAAAUCAUUGGCAUCGAAGAAAAAGAUUAUUUCCACCAUGGGAAGUAGGCCAAGAGAACAAAAAGUUACAUAUUCCGAGGAAUAUUUGGGUAAAAGAGUUUCCCCCUCGAUGCCUACGGCAAAUGCACCUCUUCAAAGUUCCAAAUUAUCACUUGUUCGUAGUGCAAGUAACGAUCGUGCCAGUCACCUUGAGGUAAAAACGGAAGGAACAUUACCUUCCGCUCAUACUUCAAUUAAUACGACUAUACCUCUGCCACCACAAAUGGUAAAAGUUGAAAGUGACGAUGAAUAUCCUUCACUUUCUGGCCUAGAUCAAGGAACAGAUGACUCUAAUGAAAUGAAUGAUGCUAAUGAUGCACUUGAUAGCAUUCUUGAAUUUGAUCCAUUCAAGAUUAAUAUGCACCCCGACCUUAUGAUGAAUGAAUUUGCUGCUGAUGGUUCCUUAGGUUUGGUACCAUUUUUGGAUAUGAAUAGUGAAGGUAAUCAUGGGAUGUAUACGAUGGAUACAACUGAUGAGCUUUGGAAUUAA